GUUUUGGCGUCGAUUAAUCAUGGCGGAACUGAAGGACUAUGGAGACAUCAAGGUUAACCUGCAAAUGUUCAUUCAGUAAAAGUACAACCUUUCUCUCAGCGGCAACUUCUCUUCAAAGUUCAUGAUUCAGCAGGAGAAACCACAGCUGGCCGGCACAAUGCCAGUGGUAUGGCCUACACUUCUUGACCUCGGGCGAGAUGAAUGUAAAAGAAUCCUCCGCAAACUCGAGCUGGAGGCCUAUGCUGGGGUUAUCAGUGCUCUCAGAGCACAAGGGGAUCUCACCAAGGACAAGAAAGAUCUACUUGGAGAGCUCACCAAAGUCUUAAGUAUCUCGACAGAGCGGCAUAGGGCAGAGGUUCGAAGAGCGGUGAACGAUGAACGCCUCACCACCAUUGCAUAUCACAUGUCUGGGCCCAACAGUUCUUCAGAGUGGUCCAUCGAGGGACGCAGACUAGUGCCCCUGAUGCCUAGACUGGUUCCGCAGACGGCGUUUACAGUGACCGCCAACGCUGUGGCUAAUGCGACGGCCCAUCAGAAUGCCUCCCUUCUCCUGCCUGCAGAGACUGGCAACAAAGAAGUGGUGGUUUGCUAUUCCUACACAAGCACCACAUCAACGCCCACUAGCGCCACGGCACCAAGUGGCAGCGCGUCGGCUACUGUGAAGUCUCCGCGGCCUGCAAGUCCCGCGUCCAACGUGGUCGUGCUUCCCAGCGGGAGCACCGUCUAUGUAAAAAGUGUAAGCUGCUCCGACGAGGAUGAGAAACCGCGGAAACGCAGGCGCACCAACUCCUCCAGCUCUUCCCCUGUAGUACUGAAGGAAGUGCCUAAGGCAUCUCCACCUAUCUCUAAAACCAUCACCGUGCCUGUGAGCGGAAGCCCCAAAAUGAGCAACAUUAUGCAAAGCAUUGCAAAUUCUCUGCCCCCUCACAUGUCACCUGUGAAAAUAACCUUCACCAAGCCAACCACACAGACCACCAACACCACCACGCAGAAGGUGAUUAUUGUGACGACUUCUCCGAGCUCGAGCUUCGUGCCCAACAUCCUCUCCAAAUCCCACAACUACGCGGCCAUGUCCAAGCUGGUGUCCACCUCUGUGUUAACCUCGCCCACUCAGAAACAAACUGUAGUCAUCCCCGCCAGCUCCAGCCCUUCCUCCGGCCCCAGCACGGUUGCCGUGACGACCGUCGUGUCCUCCACCCCCUCUGUGGUCAUGUCAACUGUAGCACAGGGAGCCUCUUCGGCAGCUGUGAAGGUGGCCACCGCGAGGCUUCCCUCCCCAAAGACUUUGGUGGGCUCCCCGACUCAGAUCUUGGCCCAGUUUCCCAAGCAGCACCAGCAGUCCCCCAAACAGCUUCAGCAGGGUUCUCCCAUCUCCUCCCCCGCCGGAACAGGACAAACCGCCACCACGCCGCCCAGCAGCAAACCCACUAUCCAGAUCAAGCAAGAGUCAGGUGUGAAGAUCAUUACCCAGCAGAUGCAGCCCAGUAAAAUACUCCCUAAGCCUUCGUCUGCUGCCUUGCCCAGUAGCAGCACUUCACCCAUCAUGGUUGUCAGCAGCAAUGGGGCCAUCAUGACGACAAAGCUGGUGUCUACACCCACAGGCACCCAGGCAACUUACACUCGCCCUACAGUCAGCCCAACCAUCGGAGCCCGAAUGGCCACGUCACCUGGUGGGGCCACCUACGUCAAAACUACCAGCGGGAGCAUAAUAACCGUGGUACCAAAGUCUCUGGCAACGCUGGGUGGCAAGAUUAUCAGCAGCAACAUUGUAUCUGGUACAACGACUAAAAUAACCACCAUUCCCAUGACAUCGAAACCUAAUGUAAUCGUGGUGCAGAAGACGACUGGGAAAGGAACGACCAUUCAGGGUCUGCCGGGGAAAAACGUCGUCACGACAUUGCUAAACGCUGGGGGAGAGAAGACGCUGCAGGCUGUCCCAGGGGCGAAGCCAGCCAUCAUCACGGCCUCACGGCCCAUCACCAAGAUGAUUGUUACCCAGCCCAAGAGCAUAGGCUCCGGGGUGCAGCCCAGCACCACCACCAAAAUUAUCCCCACCAAAAUAGUCUACGGACAGCAAGGGAAGACGCAGGUUCUGAUUAAGCCCAAACCCAUGGCCUUUCAGACUGCCGUGGUGAGCGAGCAGACAAGACAGCUGGUGAGCGAGACGCUUCAGCAGGUCUCCCGUGGGUCGGACGUAGCCCCAGGCUCCAGCCAGGAAGGGGCGCAAAAGGAAGACUCGCCCGCGUUCACGGAAAGCAGCCCGCCUUCUGCUGAAUCCUCCCAAACUGUUCACGAUUCUCAGCCUGUAGUACACGUCAUCGCCUCUAGGGGGCAGGAGUGGUCUGAACAUGAGGUUUCCGUGGAAGCGAGCCCUACCAUUAUCUACCAGGACGUGUCAGGAGAGGCACAGUCAGCCACCUCCACUAUUAAAGCUCUCCUCGAGCUGCAGCAAACAACAGUGAAGGAGAAGGGGGAUUCGAAACCGCGGCAGCACACUAUUGAUCUGAGUCAGAUGGCUGUGCCCAUUCAGAUGGCCCAGGAGAAGAGGCAGAGUCCAGAGUCUCCAGGCCAGGUGACUGGAGAACUGGAACAGCUCACGGACUACAUCCCUGCUGGAAAAUCCAGUAAGGGGGAGAUGACUUUGUCGUCUAGCCAACCGCAAGGCACGUCCUGCCAAACCGCAUCUCAGACCAACCUGGUAACAGUCAAGCCUGCGCCACCAGCAGCCGCGGUCGUUGCGCAGCAGACUGGAACGGGUCAGGCCAUUCACAGCAAGCAGGUGGUGGAGGAGCAGCUCGUGGAGGAGGGAGAGCUGGAGGGGGACACUCUGGACCCUCAGACCGGACUGUUUUACAGGUCCUCUCAGCCAGUGGACCAGCUCACCCCUGCUCCAUCGCAACAGCAAAAAAACACCCCAGCCCCACAGCCUCACUCUACCCAACCCAGCCCCAGCAAACCUGCAUCCGGCCAGCUGUCCUCCCCGGCCUCCGCCCCGACAACCACCACCGCCGCCGCCGCCGCCCCUGCCGCCACCAAACGAGUGGCCCCACCUCAGGACCAUCCUGUACCCAAGCUGUCUGCUCAGCAGAGCGCUGGGCAGAAGGAGAAGCCCUCCUCUGGAACUGGGGCCCAGCCCGUCAUGCAGGCUGUUCCUGUGAAACCUCCUCACACACCCCAGCUACCAAAAUUACAACAGGCCCCCACCUCUCACAACAGGCCUAACACCCACACCCAGCUGUCUCAGCCCCCACCGCUGCAGGCCCACCAUCCCGUGGGCUCCGACAAGACCUCCAGCAGCCAAGUGCAGCAGCCUAUUAUCACUCAAGGAGCCACUGUGACAAAGAUUACCUUCGGUAGUCAUCAGUCCACCCCCGUGUCCAGCAGCGGCGAGGCCACAGCCAAACUGCUCCCGGAAUCCAGCUCAGGCCCCGGAUCGUCCACCGAGAAGUCGUCUGUGUCGGACAUCUUAAAGAUCUCCAUGAUGGAGGCGGAAAUCGACCCCAGCGCCGAGCCGAUGGUGGUGGAUUCGUCCAGCGACUGCGGCUCCUACAGCAAAACGCCGGUCACCUCUCCGCUCAUCAGCAGCUCAGGCUCCGCCCUUCACCACUCCAAACAGCAGCACGGGUCCUAUAGCCGCCUCCACGGCCUGACCGCCCAGAAGAGCAAAGACGUGGACGUCAUACAGGUAAUCCCACAGUUCUCCAUUAUGCCAGACUCCAGCCAGUCCAACGUAGUGGUGGAACCAAGUGGCUUUUUGGAGAUCACAGACUACACCAGUCAGCGUUUAGAUGAGGAGAGCGUCAUGGAGCAGGAGGUGGACAGCAGCAACGAUGAGGGAGCCGCCUCCAGCCCGAUGGAGGGUUGUGCCGACCAAUCACAGUGACACUUGGAAAUUUAGCCGAUGACAUCACAACGACCCGUUGGUAAACCUGUAUUCUCGUGUAGCGGGCUUUUGCCCAACCCCCCUCUGAUGUCAUCAGAACUUUGGAUUUUAAAAGCCUGGAUCUCGCCGAAGAACAUUUGUACAUAACAUCGUAUGAAGUUUACCUGGUGGAGAGCAACUCAGUCAUUAAGGAAAAGCAGAAGGAAUACUGCUGUCCUAAAGGGAAAGAAUGAGACCGGGUGGCCUCCCGAUAAGCAUUGUGCUUAUAGCCUUGCGCAGUGGUGCUGUGGACAGGACAUCGUCCAGGAAAAAAAAAACAUUUUCAGUAACUUACAGAGGAAUAUUUUGUAUUUGCUUUAGUUGCAGUGAAAUUUUUUUUUUUCCAGUAGAUUCUGUCCAGUACAUUUUUUUUUUCUUGCAAGGCAACACUUUGACCUGAAAAGUGCACUCCAGUGAAAUGGAGUGGAAAAAAAACAAAAACUGAACGGAGGAAACUUAAGUGUGGUUUGUAGUUUUGUUUGGCCUGAUGCUUUAAGUAGUCCGUGGUAAAGGACUUACACAGAAGCGUACUGUUUGAUGAGCGUAGUGCAGCUCCGUAGUUUGAUCAGUUGUGUAACCAGGCGUUACAUUAGUUUUUAUAUGGUCACUGUUCACCUUUAGGGUUACUCUCGAAAGGACCGCAAAAUGUAUAAAACUACAGACGUGAAGCUUUCUCCUUUGUCCAUGGAUCUGAUGGAGGGAGGAGUCCGAAGUCUUCUGUAGGCCCAUGCUAUGUCAUACAGACCUGAAUCCAUACAGUGUUGAAUUUUGUGUAAAUAAGGUUAUUACCAUAAAGUGCUGGUAGAUUUAUGAAA